GGAGCGGGCAUCGGGUCACCAGGCAUCAGGUCAUUUGGCUCAACAGCGGGCAGCACCGCGUCAUCUAGGCAAGGCAGUGGGCUCCGAAUCAACAGGCACGGACAGUGGGCACCGGGUCAUCAGUACCAAAUUGUCUGGCUCGACAGCGGGCACUGGGUCACCAGGCAUCAGGUCAUUUGGCUUGCCAGCGUGCACCGCGUCAUCUGGCAAGGCAGUGGGCACCGGGUCACCAGGCAUUGGAUCGUCUGGCUCGACAGCGGGGCAUCGGGUCACCAGGCAUCAGGUCAUUUGGCUCGCCAGCGGGCACCGCGUCAUCUGGCAAGGCAGUGGGCACCGAGUCACCAGGUACGACAGCGGGCUCUGAGUCAAUUGGCACGACAAAGCGAGCACCGGAUCAGGUACCGGAUCAUCUGGAUCAACAGCGGGGGCAUCGAGUCAACUGGC